AUGCGUAUGGCCGCCCCAGCCCCUGGCCAGAAGAUCAAAGUCGGCGUCUUGGGAGCCACCGGGUCCGUCGGACAACGCUUCAUGCAGCUUCUAAACGGUCACCCGUGGUUCGAUGUCGUUGCCCUUGGUGCUUCCCCGCGAUCCGCAGGAAAAACUUAUGAAGACGCUGUCAAUUGGAAGCAAUCUGUUCCUAUUCCUCCCGCAAUGGCACCCCUAGUCGUUUCAGAAUGCAAACCAGACGCUCCAGUAUUUAAAGAUGUCAAGAUCGUCUUUUCGGGUCUGGACGCCAAUUUUGCUGGCGAGGUCGAAGAGGCGUUCGCUAAGGCUGAUGUAGCCGUCUUUUCCAACGCGAAGAAUCAUCGCUAUGAUUCUGACGUGCCAAUUUUAAUCCCUCCUGUCAACUUGGACCAUCUCGACAUCAUUCCAGCUCAGAGGAAGGCCCGAGGCUACGACAAGGGAUUCAUCAUUACGAAUGCUAACUGUUCUACCACAGCGAUGGCCAUCGGCAUAAAGCCACUGGCGGCGAAGUUUGGUAUUGAGACAAUCAUGGUGACCACCAUGCAGGCCAUUAGCGGAGCGGGGUAUCCAGGUCUUUCUGGUAUGGACGUGUUGGACAAUGUUGUUCCGUACAUCGGUGGGGAGGAAGUCAAAAUGGAAACGGAGUCGCGAAAGAUUCUCGGGACCGUUCAGAACAGUGUCUUUGUGGAUGCAGACGUCAACGUGGCCGCCAUGUGCAACCGAGUCAACGUGCUUGACGGCCAUCUCGAGUGUUUAUCUAUAAAACUGGCGAACAAGGCCACCGCAGAGGAGGUUAUCGAUUGCAUCAAAACAUAUCCCAGCAUCACCAAAGACUUAGGGCUUCCAUCAGCACCAGAUCAUGAUGUCGUUUACAAUCCCUCCCAUGACCGCCCGCAGCCUAGAAUGGAUAGAAUGGUAGGGGACGGCUACACGGUUACAGUUGGACGGGUUCGGGAUUGCAAUGUUUUCGACAUCAGAAUGGUUGUGUUUGGACACAACACAAUCGUUGGAGCAGCGGGGGGUUCGUUAUUGAACGCUGAGCUAUGUGUAGUUCGAGACCUAAUUAACUGAGCGUACAAGAACCAGUAAACUCCCUGAAACCCCAGCAUCCAGAGUUGAUGAUUUGUUGA